ACAGCCCAUCCAAAAGAAAAACAAAAAACAAAAUGGAGUUUUUGAGAAAGCAGCUAAGAAGCAGGAAGUGGAGCUACCUGUUGUAGUAGUUGCGGGUCGGGCAACUCUAAAAGCAAAGUACCCAUGAGACCAUCAUCAGUGGUUAUACGACUAGUGAAGAAAACUGUGCCGUCAACGAAGGAACGUUCCUGGAUUCCUCCCAUCUUUCAUAUUAUUGUAAAGAUUAAAAAACACUUGUCUCAUUCGACACGAAAACGUUGUGUGUGAUACAGUAGUGGAGUUGUUUGGAAAUGUGUGGGGAAUUCUGCUGUCAGCUUUGGUACUCUGAUAGUUGACGAUGAACAUCGAUGGUGACAGCAAUCAGCUCCCGACAUGGCGCCUGUGGGGGGAGGAGAAAACAGAAGGAGCCGUCUACGCUGUCUACUUGAAGAAAGUGCGCUACCACGUACCCAGCAAAGCAAUUAGCGACUCGGAUGAUGAUAUAUCUCAUUUAGAAUGGGAAACGGUCAGAGUCCGGCUUAUCAAGGCCGGAACCUUGGAGAAGCUGGUGGAAAGUCUGGCCUCCGACACUGGAGAACUCGAGUCGACGUACGUCAACGUUUUUCUAGCUACUUACCGUACCUUUAGCACGGCCAGCCAAAUUCUGGCGCUCAUUGCCAAAAGAUAUGCAGAUCUGAACAAUCCGACCGUCAUGGAAGCAGUGCGAUUGCAGCACAAAAAGACUCUGCGGAGUACUUUGCAUGUGUGGCUGGAUGCCUUUCCGGACGAUUUCCGCGACCCACCCGAUUACCCAUUGCUCAACCAAUUUCUGCUGUUUUGCGAGCAACACGCCAAGGACAGCGAACUGCAUUUCAAAGUGAAACACCGGAUGGAACGCUUGAUUAAAAACCCCGAACCAAUCGAUCAAUCGCCAAGUAUCCAACGCAUUUUGGCUACCAAUCCCGAUCUGGCUUACAGUGGCAACGACUCGAACGGCGGCAGCUCGGUCAACGGCAUCUGCAACAGCGGCGGUGAGUCGGCCGACGCCAGCCUGCACGCCAUCUUUUUGGAACUGUCUGAAAAACACAUGGCCGAGCAACUGACCAGGCUCGACACGGACUUGUUUAAACGAGUGAUACCGCACCAGUGCCUGGGAGCCGUUUGGUCUCGUCGAGAUCGCGACAAGGGCAAAAUCGGCAAAGGCGCCCGUUCGUCGGAAGCUUCUUCAGUGGCGGCCACCGUCGAGCAGUUCAACGCCGUGUCCUAUCGCGUCAUCAGUACCAUCCUGGUCGGGUCGACCGAGCCGAGAUCCCAGCAGAGGGCUCGCGUCAUAGCCAAGUGGAUUGACGUUGCACAGGAAUUACGAGUUUUAAAGAAUUUCUCGUCGCUGAAGGCCAUCAUUUCAGCGCUGCAAUCGAAUCCAAUCUACCGACUCAAACACGUUUGGGCAAACGUCCCGAGAGAUAAAGUGGAAGUGUACGAGGAGCUGGCCAGAAUUUUCAGCGAGGAAAAUAAUCAAUCGGCUCAGAGAGAGUUGCUCAUGAAAGAAGGAACGGCCAAGUUUGCCGAAACAGCCGGCGAGAAUGACCGACAAAUGUUAAAGGUCAUCCAGAAACAGGCCAGCCACUCCAACCUUAUAAGCCAUGGGACCAUUCCGUAUUUGGGAACGUUCUUGACGGACUUGACGAUGGUGGACACGGCCAUUCCGGAUACGACAGCCGACGGUUUAAUCAAUUUCGACAAAAGGAGAAAGGAAUUCGAGGUCCUAGCCCAAAUCAAAUUGUUUCAAGGAGCAGCCAAUUCCUAUCAAAUCGCCAACGACUCACGUUUCGAGCGCUGGUUCGAGUCGCUGAUGGUGCUGGACGAUCGCGAAGCUUACGAAUUGUCGUGCAACUUGGAGCCGUGCAAUUCCGGGCACAGCUCGGCCCGCAACAGCGAAAAGUUCCCGCGACGCAAACCCAACGGUUACGGCCACCGUAAAAAUGAUUCGAUCGCCAGCACGUCGAGCAGCUCGAGCAGCCAAUUCCUGUCGGAACUGGACGGCGCCAACAGCGCCAACCUCUCGCUGGGCGAGAGUUCGGCCUCUCUCGAGCAGAAAAUGUUUCACACGCAUUUAUCGUCUUCAUCGAGCAGCUCGUCCCUGCCUUCGCUGGACGUGUCCGUCAGCAGCAGCGGCGGAGGCGGGACGACGGGCCUGAGUGUCGGGACCCAUUCGUCAUCUCAGAACGCGACGCCGAGCAAAGCUGGCAGCCUGCCCCGAGGAGUGACGCCCCCUUACAGCGUCAGUCCCAUGAGGACGCCAGAUUUCUACGUCAUUCGCGUCUCCAUCGCCACCCCAUCCAAAGAGACGGAGGGCAUCAACCUCUACAAGUCCAUCAUGGUCAGCAAUCACGAACGGAGUCCUCAGGUCAUCCGCAACGCCAUGGUCAAACACGGUCUCGAGGGUAAUCCCGAGGAUUAUACACUGGCUCAGCUCCUACCCAAAGGAGAAAUGGUGCUGCCUUCGAACGCCAACGUGUACUACGCCAUUAAUACCAGUUGCGAUUUGAAUUUCAUCCUGCGGCCCAGAGGCGAAUCGAUGGCUCAUCAUCACCACCACCACACUCCUCCUGGAUCGUCGGGUUCCGCCUCCGGUCGCUCCACUCCCACUCGCUUGCGCAUGAGGGAAUGCCACAAAGACUCGUCCGCCAAGGACACGCUGAAAGCACGAAAGAAAAUUCUCUCUCUCGGUUUGUAGUAGAAUGGAACAAGAAGAAAAUAAUAAUAAGACAAAAUCUCAUUCUCUACUGUAUAUUAAUAUUAUUAUUAUUUUGAUGAUGAUGAUGAUGGCGGCAUGCAGUGAUCAUUCUUUUAUUGGUUCUACUAUUCGUCUUCCCUAUGACCCCAAUUUAUUAUUUUCUUUUGUUUUACAUAUGCAUGGUAUACAUCAUUCUAUUUUCAUAAUGUGAUAACGAUGAAUCUUUCAAAAUAGUGUGCGUUGUUGCAAUCAAAAUAUCUUGAUGAUUUAUGCAAUGAUGGAAUUGUCUCUUGUGUGCGUGUUUGAUAUAUCUAUGACUUGAAUUGUGCGAGCAAUACCUACCAAAAGUGAAGCAGUUUCUUCCGCGAAUCUGCGCAAUGAUCUGGACCAAGAAAUUUCAAAAACCUGGGCUCCUUUCUUCUUCUUCUGUUGAUUUGUUUUCCAUUUUCAGCUACAAAUUUGCAUCUUCAACGAAAUCUAAGCAUCUUUUUUACACGUUACUCGACAAAUUUUGAUUUAUGUUUAUCUGCAAAUCAGCCCCGUGUUCGAUUUCAAAGUGUCUUGUGAGAUUUUGUUAUUCAUUUUCCCGCGUCGUCUACAGUGAUGUCAAUAAAUCAUUUACCAUCUA